AAGUGGGGCUGCAUCAGGGGGAAAUAAGAGUACAAAGAACUAGAACAAAGGUGAGAGGAGAGGGAGGACAGAGCUGUGGUGGUGAGUUAGAUGACAAUUUGAGCCUGGGUGUCUUCCCUUUACAUGGUGCUGGUAAGCCUCCACCCUCUUCAGCUAGCCAGGUUCUGCAGGACAGAGGAAGUUGCAGAACAUCAUUGACUGCCUACCUGAGCCCAAGCUCUGUCUGAUGCCAUCAGUCCCUGGGCUGGACUAAGGAAGCUAGGGGGCCAUGACCAGUGCAGAAUCCUUGCUAUUCACAUCACUAGGUCCCAGCACAAGUUCUGGAGAUGGUGAUUGUAGGUUUAAUGAGGAGUUCAAGUUCAUCCUGUUGCCCAUGAGCUAUGCAGUUAUUGUUUGCUGCUGGGCCUGGCCUCAAUGUCCAACCCUCUUAUUGUUCCUUUUCUUUCGACCCUGGGAUGCAACAGCCACCUACAUGUUCCACCUGGCAUUGUCAGACACUUUGUAUGUGCUGUCACUGCCCACCCUUGUCUACUACUAUGCUGCCAGAAACCACUGGCCCUUUGGCACUGGCCUCUGCAAGUUUGUCCGCUUUCUCUUCUAUUGGAACCUCUACUGUAGUGUCCUUUUCCUCACCUGCAUCAGUGUGCACCGCUACCUGGGCAUCUGCCACCCACUGCGGGCAAUCCGCUGGGGCCGCCCUCGAUUUGCAAGCCUUCUCUGUCUGGGUGUUUGGUUGGUAGUAGCUGGCUGCCUCGUGCCCAAUCUUUUCUUUGUGACAACCAAUGCCAAUGGAACUACCAUCCUGUGCCAUGACACUACUCUGCCAGAGGAGUUUGACCACUACGUCUACUUCAGUUCGGCAGUCAUGGUGCUGCUCUUUGGUUUGCCCUUCUUGAUCACCCUGGUCUGCUAUGGACUCAUGGCCCGGCGACUGUAUCGACCUUUGCCAGGAGCUGGACAGUCAUCUUCUCGGCUCCGUUCUCUCCGCACCAUUGCUGUGGUGCUGACCGUCUUUGCUGUCUGCUUCGUGCCUUUCCACAUCACCCGCACAAUUUAUUACCAGGCAAGACUGUUGCAAGCUGACUGUCAUGUGCUGAACAUUGUCAAUGUGGUUUACAAGGUGACUCGACCCCUGGCCAGUGCUAAUAGCUGUCUUGAUCCAGUGCUCUAUCUCUUCACGGGGGACAAGUAUCGAAACCAGCUCCAGCAGCUAUGCCGAGGCAGCAAACCCAAGCCCCGAACGGCUGCCUCCUCCCUGGCCUUGGUGACUCUACAUGAGGAAAGCAUCAGCAGGUGGGCGGACACCCACCAAGCCAGCACCUUCUCUGCUUAUGAGGGAGAUCGAUUGUAACCCUGCUGCUGGAUAUGAAGGGAACUAACUGCAGGGCAGAGGGGAGGGAACUUGUUAGUAUCACUUGACGGGCAUCAGCUGUCCUCUUUGAUAGCCGAAGUUUGAAGGAGCUGCUCCUCUGCCUCUACUUUCUCUUCUUCUAUCCCUACCUGGGGCCACCGUUCCUGUGUCUAGAACCUCAGUAUCAUUUGCCCAGGUCCUUCCAUGGCAUGGAUUUCUCUGACCAGAGUAGAGAAUUCAGCUGUAGGGGUGAAGAGCAGAGUAAUCUAAAGGCUGAAUCAGGAAGCUGGGGUGAUAGCAUAGCACAGAUACCAUAUAAGCCACAUGUAAGCAUCCACACCCACUUCCUGGCUCCUUCACAAAGACAUUUGCCAAUGUGCUGAAAUAGGGUACAAUGUGAGUCUGCUUCGCAGGGCCCCACAUACCAGCUUGAGCAUCCAUGAAAAGAGAAUAAUGCUCUUGGGUGCUGACCCUAAGGAGCCGCAGGAAGCAGGGUCCAGGUUGAUAGCAGCCUUGGAAACAGGAAUGAGAUUACACCUACCUCUAGGACUGCUGAGAACACGCUUGAUAGCUCCCAAAUGUUUAAUGAGAGGAGGAGCGGACAGCGCUGACCGAGAAGGAAGAAAACCUCUACAGUCUAUGGCUUCAAGUUCUAGUACUGGUGGGCAAAGCAGGUUUGUGCAGGCUAGGGUGGUGACAGGAGUAGACGCCCAGAACUGACUCUUCACUGCUCUCUCUCCCUUUUCUAACUCUAGUUAGAUAAAGGAUAAACCUGUCACCAGCUCUUUUUAGUCAGGCUAUAGGAUUUCAAGACCAGGGUGGAGCACAGUUUCCCACCUGUCCAGUCCUCUUGCCACAGGUCUUAUGGAGCUGGCGGAUCUGGUGGGUGUAUGGAGCCGAGGAACCCUGAGAAUGAGAAGUAAGAGUUUCUGGGCGGGCAUUCACGAGAAGGGCAGUCUCUUUUCAGCCUCUUUUCCUGCGAAAUCACCUGACAGCCUAUCAGCCUUCUGAGUCAGACCCCAGCCUUCUCUGCCCUCUGUGAUCUCUUACUCAUCUACGCAUACCAAAUUCUUAUUGGCUUCAAGUGUUCUCUCUGCCUGGAGAGUAGGUGAGGGGGGUACUAGGCUACAGAGUCAAACAACUUACUGUGAUACCUCUAUGCCCUCCUUUUUGCUCUUUAAAUGGAUCUCUCUCCCUUGAAGCCCAAGAGUUCUUCUAUUAGGAGUAAAUUAAGUGGCCUUUUUGAUUCUUACCAGGUUCCCACUCUUAGGAGCACAGUCUCCUUGCCUGUCACCUCUUGUACUCGUUGGCCCCACAUAGUAACAUUAUUCUCUUCAUUACAAUUCAUUCAAGCUCCUCCAUCAUCAGGUCCUGUAACUCCAAGAUGCUUAGUCAAGACUAACUUCCUGGACUUCAUAGUCUACUAUUUUAUCCUCCUGUCUCUCCCCAGGAUCUCGCUGUGCUGUGCACUGUUGUCUAGGCUAGAACUAGCUACAGAGACCUGGAUGGCCUUGAACUCAUUGAGAUCCACCUGCUUUUUAUUUAUUUAUUUAAUUUUUUUUGGCUUCCCUAUUGCUGGGAUUAAAACAUACUGCACCAGACUGGGUAAAUACCUCAAUGUCUCUC